CACCGAUACUGUUUUCUCCCCAUUCUCAGUUUGUGGCGGAUAUGCUUCGUCCGCAUUAAUUGCAUUCCAACUUUAGUCAUUUCAGUGCGACUUCAUGCGUCUGGAGCGACUGCAUUGGUUUUUAAUCUUUUAAAAUCGUAUACAGGCUUUUGCGGCAUUGAUUGUAUGAGAGGAUUAAAAAAAUAUGGCAAAUAGCGCACAAGAAGACAAGGGGGUGCUAGCGGACAAUUUGAGGCCGGACGAAAGCACUGAAUUCAAAUGGCCGGUGACUUCUAACAGCAAAGUUUGGAGAUUUUUAUUAAAUGGCAACACGUCUUCUAUGGUUAAACAUUCAUCAAUUUUAACUGGAAUAAAUUCAGAAGAAAUUGAUAAACUUCUUUUUCAAACAAUCGAAGAUGGAAAAGGAAUUGAACUUGUAAACACCAUAUACAAGGUUUUUUCUGAAGGUACUUCAGUCAAAUAUGAAGCUAUCGUUUAUGCAUUGACUUUAUGUACUUGUUCGGAAAAUGCUGAGGUGAAGACUAAAGCCUACGGUCUUGUGAAUGAAAUCUGUGAUCAAUCGUCACAUUUUUUACAGUUUGUUGACUUUCAUGAAAAGAUCUGCCUAGCGAAACGUAAAACUACCGGUUGGAGUCGUUCGCAUAGAAAUGCUGUCCAGAAAUGGUAUCAAAGAAAAUCACCCCUAGAAGUCGCCAAAUCAAUAACAAAAUGUCCACGUUACAAUCACUGGACACACAAAGAUGUUCUUCGGUUGGCUCAUACCAUACCUGAGAAUGAAGGUCAAGAAGUUGUGUCUAGUUUUAUUGUUGCUGGUCUGAAAAAAACUUUGGAAAGAUACAAAAAUGAAUCUGAAGAGAAAAUAGAUGAAGCUCAGAAGGUACUCCAAUAUCUCGAGCAAGCUAUGAUGGUCAGAUCAUCACAAGAUAGUUUGAGAGUUAUUGCUGUCUUUAAAAAAUUGAACCUCUCAUGGGAUUUCAUACCAUGCCAUCUACAUAAAGAUCCCCAACUUUGGAAGUUUCUUCUCCCCUUUCUGCCAUUGACUGUCAUAAUACAGAAUGUGUGUCGAAUGGCGAAGUUGAGAUUGUUUGACGCACCAGAUCCCGCGGAAGUUCAAUUUUUUAUUUCCACUGCUGUGAAGGUUCAAGAAGUAAAAGAUUCUGGACUACAUCCGUACCAUAUCUUAAUGUACCGAGAACUAUACAAUAAUGCAAUGAAUGAUGCCAAACGAAAGAUCUCAUGGAAACCUCAUCCUGGUAUAAUGGCUGGUCUCAACAAAUGUUUUUUACUUGCAAUUCAGCAUAACUUGAAACCAACUGGAAAACGUUAUUUUAUUACAAUCGAUGCUUCCAACUCAAUGAAAGCUCAUAUUGCUAACAACAACCAUGUACAAUGCAGGGUAGCGGCUGCAUGUAUGGCUUUAUGUAUCGCUAGAACAGAGCAAAAAGUUAUCGUAAAAGCAUUUUCUAAAGAAUUGACUGAUAUAAAGAUUGAAGAAACUACUGGUUUAGAUGACAUAGUCAAAUGCUUGGAGGAGACUCCAUUAGGUGGAACAGAUUGCUCAAGGCCAAUAAUAUUUGCAAAAGGAAAGAAGAUCAAAACUGAUGUGUUUAUCGUGUUCACUGACAAAGAAACAUGGUGCGGUAAGACAACUCCUCGGGAAGCAUUAUGCCAAUAUAGGAAGUAUGUCAAAAUACCAGCCAAGUUAAUUGUUGUUGCCUUAAAUGCUGAAGGAACUACAGAGAAAGUUGUUGCAGAUCCAGAAGACCGAGGAAUGCUUGACAUUUUUGGAUUUUCACCUUCAAUACCAAAUAUCAUCUCUAAUUUUGCAAGUUAUAAUUAUUGACAUACUAACAACUCAUUAGAAAUAUUUAGAAUGCAAUUUUUUUCAUCUAAUUGAUCAAAUUUUAUCUGACGUUUUAUUUUUACAUUUGGAAUGAUAUUUAAUAAUUUGAAGUUUGAUGUGUUCAGUGUAGAAAGAGCACAAUUACAUGAUGUUAUAUUACGAAUACAUCCAUGAAUAUUCUUCAAUAUGAACAAUAUCUCAUGACAUUAACAGUGAAAAAGAAAUAACAAUUUAUGUUUUUACCGCAUAUUGUGUGUCAAUUUUGUUGUUCUAAAAUGUGUUUAUUAUGAAACUGAGAUAUAUAUACUCGUUUUUUUCCAAAAUUUACAAUAUUGAGUGAAUCUAGUUUUGAACGUUUUCAAAAUUUGAUUCAUUUUCCCCCCAGCUUAGUUCUUCUAUUGAUUUACAUCUCAUAAGUCGUAAACUUCAACUGUCCUGGUCAUUUUUACAUCCAGGUGCUGGUUUGUAUACACUAUUAAAUUAUAUGCUAUCUUAUUUAAAGAACAUAAGAAUAAACAUACUAGCAAACUCUUCAUAUCAUUCGGAUACACUUGGGUGCGACAGUAUCAGGGGCUUGAAUGAAAAUCAUCUCUCAUUCACAUAUUCAUCUAACAACACUUCCGCCAUUAGGGACACAAAACAUCAAUAAUUUUCUGUGCUUCAAAAUUAUGUCUGCCUGAUUUUGGCUCUUCAGUUUGCUGCCCCAUGUACCAACUUACUUUAGAAAUAAUGUUUUUGAUCUUGCCUGUCAUUCAAUGUAUUCUACAUAAAUUGCUAUAAAAUGAAUUAUUUGUUCACUUUUCAAUUUGAUAGUUGAAAAAUUGCACUUUGUCAACAUAUAUUUGAUGAGCAGAGCCAUUGUUAUGUUUUAACAUUUAAUUUAAUGAGGAUGACUUUUUCAUAACCUUUCCUGUAUGCAUGUUAUAUCGUUUUGUGAUAUUUUCAGAUUUUGUUGGGCGACUUUCAAACGUUUUUACCUUUACAAUAACGAUUGAGAAACAGGUAGCUAGAUAUUGAAAUCAAUUUCAUAUGGAAUUUUUUACAAUGUCUUGACAGUGUAACUCACAAACAAAGGUGGUGGUAUCAAAAUAUAUCUAAAUUUAUGAGGUCUUACAUAUAGAAAAAAAUCUUCAGAAUGAAAUAAGCGCAUGACAAGCAGCAAUUUCUAGUCUGUUCAAAGUGAUCGUUGAUCAAAAGUUAACUGGCAUGUGAAAUGCUCUAGCAAUCUUCUUAUACAUGACCAUUGGAUUGGAACUUCAAUGUUUCACGCUUUGUAAUUUAUCUAGUCUCUAGUGUGAUACAGAUGUUAGAAAAUUGACAUGGAUUCUUGUUGAACCUUAUACUGGACUGGUUUUCAUGCGGCAACAGACCAGAAUUCUAAUUUGUAGGAUGAAACGCAACGAGUGGAGUUGUUAGUUUUUGCCUAUUAUAUUACACUUGCUUUCCUUGCGUUUAUGUAAUUUUUCUCUUGAACUGAAUCAUUAGUAUGUAUUAUUAUCUUAUUUCCAUUUAUUUUCCUAGUUGCUAAGAAUUAGCUAGCCUAUUAAUCUUUAAAUUUUGUUGUUGAACUGUCAUUAGUAGGACUUUAUAAAGCCUUUCUGUCAAGUACUUGAAUUCGAAUUUUUUGUUUCCAAUAAAAAAUGUCAGAUUUUAUAUUUUUUUUUCGUUAGGCUUAGCAAUUCUUUUUUCAAGCAAAGUACGACAUCAUUUUGCAAAAUAUAGAACAAUUCAUUUUAUUCAAGAGGAAUGAAUAAUGAUUAUGUCUAUGGAUGGCACAGAUUGGUUUCUUAAUGUUUGAAUGCAAAAUUUGUUUAUUCCCACUGUUCUUAUCACUGAGCUUACUUUUACAUACAUUCAUAGUGAACCUUGUCAUUGGUGGAAUUCUGUGGUUUGAAAUAUCUUGCUCGGAUAAAUAAUUUAUUUUGAACUCCACCAUGGUAUGAAAAAAUAAUAACACAGGGAGUGGAUAUUCGGAGGAGUUGCCCAAAGUUUUAUGAGAACAGUUGGUUUUAAAACGAGGAAGAGGUUCAAACCCAUGUUUACUUUAUACAUACUGACAAAUAAUAGAAGUUUUUGUGGGUAAUGGCGUUGCUAUGAAAUAGAUAGAGUUGUAAGUUUGUAAAGAUGUCAUUAACAAUGUAGAUUCCUCUAUGUAAUGGGGGUUAAAAUAAACACUGGCUUUUGAUUGAAUCAUUUAGCCCGUUUAAUUAACUGCUUUUAAUUUUUAUGCUUUCGCCCAAUUCUUAUUGUUCUACCAUUUUUUUGUUAUAAUCUUUAAUGAAACACUAAAAAAUAAAGUCAACUUGAUGCA